AUGUUAUAUAACAUCUUUCUCCGGGCCGUCAUUACGGCGACGUUCUGCCUAAUGGGCUCGGUCUCUGCCGCAAUUUCGGUGGACGACUCUACCCAAACAACAGAAACAUAUUCAGUCACAUCGAGAAGAGCAUUUGAACCCGAUCCAGUGGCUGGAAAUAUCGUGAAGUCUUGUGGCACCCAUAUAUCAGUAUGUGGCGCCGAGGAUGAGGACAACGUUAUAUACGUACCGAGGUCCACCGAAACCGAGACGAACGAGAUUCAUACAACUUCUAUAAAGGUGCUCAAACCUACGACUACAACUGUUACUGAGAUUUCUGUUUCCACCAUCAUCCAAGAGACAAAGGGCAAAACUGUCAUAGCCGCCGGCCCACCUGUUAAGGUUACUGUCGACGUUGUAAUUGUUUCCGUUCAGGAAGUACAAGAUGUUGACACAGUCACCGAGACCAUAGUCUCAACGACCAGUGCUAGUGUAGUCGAACAAUGUUUCCUUGAAACACACACUGUCUUGGGAGGUGUUCCAGGAAGCUGGCAAUCUGGUUCGCCAACUGACGCAAUACCAUACCUUUCUUCGACCCAGACAGCCAGCCCAGCGGGGUUUACUGCAGAUUUUGAUCAGUUCCCUUCUGAUGAAUCCACCCCCAAGAAUAUGGCAGGAGGCUUAGAUGGAUAUGGCAUGUACGAACAGGGUUCAGAAGAAUGA